UUAAUAAUUAAUUGAUAUUGAUAUUGAUAAAUAAUUUAUAAAAAAAAAUGUUUCUAAAUAAAGUAGUGUCAAAAGUGUGUGGCUCACGAGUGAAUCAAUUAAAAAUAAUAAAGAGACUUGCAACAAAUCAUCCGGACUACUACAAGUCACCAGAGAAACUUCAAGCUGAGGAAGAAGAAUCAGAAAAUCCAAGACCCAGACGUAGAUUAAAAAAAUGGCGAAACAUGCCUGGUGGAAUUGAUCAAGAUCCUGGAACAUUUCUGAGCAUGUUUAAUCGACAAGCAGAUAGAGAUGAUGCUGGAGGUGUAAUUUUCAGAGGCAAAACUUUCUACCCAUCUGACUUUAGUCGAUGGUACUAUGUCAAGCAACAUGAAUAUUUACAAUAUGAUCAACGUUAUCUUCCUGAGCGUAAUCAAGCACUGGGUAACGAUUUAGCUGCUUCACAUUUUCUUAUCUUCCGACACUGUCGUAUCCGGAAAAAGGGAGAAACUGAGUUCUGGGAUGCCAAUGACCUGGAGAAAAUACCAGAUUUGUAUAAGCAAAACUGGUACCUUGAAGAAAUAGAUGCCAGUAACUCAGAAAUAAUUUUUGAAGGUAUUGAGAAUUUUAAGGGGCUUAAAUUUUUAAAAAGAGCUUCAUUUAAAAAUUGUAAGCAUUUUGAUGACUGGUGUUUGGACCGAGUCAUUGGUCUAUGUCCUACGUUGGAGUAUUUAGAUGUCUCGGAGUGUGAAAAAAUUACUGAUCGUGGUCUUGAGAGCCUUUACAGAGCAUGGAAUUUGAAAGAAUUUUAUAUUAGCGAUUAUUUUCACAGUCCGUCAUUUGAAUUAACUUGUAUGAUGGUGGAAGACUGUAUGCCUCAGUUGAAAAUUAAUGUUAAAAAAAUGCCCAAGGCUGAAAUUCCAGCCGAAACUAAAACAGCUGAAGAACCUGACGAAGAAAAAAAAAUUUAUGAAAAUAAAAAUUAAUUUAGAUUUAUUAUAAAUUAAAAAUAUUUCAUUAAAAAAUUAU